AUGGUUGGUACGCAACUAAAGGCUGGGAACUGGGAACGCUUGCCUCGCGGUCGAUCGUCUCUUCCCGGUGAUGCCUGUUUUCUAUGCCGGUAUAUUGCUGGCGACAAAGCAAACAAUUUAGGGGUUGCUUACGUGCAUAAAAAGCAUGGAGCUCCGAUUGAUACUUGCACGGAAAUGAGGCAGCAAAUGAGGAUCUCUCGAGUUGUCGGAUGUAAGAGCACGUACCAGUUCACGUGUACGGGAGCAUGUAUUACGAAAACAGCAACGAGCACAGAGGCGUGUGAAUCACGUGGACGGCGAGAGAGGUUCAUUGGAUGUAUGGUGCACCGUAUACAUAAAUUCUGCAUAAGUUUACACUUUUGUGAAGCUGGGUAGAAGGGGGAUUCGCGAAGCGACCGAAUAUCUCGAAACAACUCGAAAGACAUUACGGGGAAAGGCUCGCGGUCUUUAACCCAUUUUUCCAGGGUCGCCUUCUUGGUGGAAUCAGUAGGUGUAGUACGUUCCACUUGAACAUCCAAAAUAGUAAACGUCGUUCAACAAUAAUAAAUUUCUAUUAAAUUUUCCAUCGGAUCUUAUCGUUGCGAUCUAUUUGAUUUAUUACGACGUGACAUCUCUUUUCUUUUUCUUUAUUACGUGAGUUCCACCGUAAUAAUCGAGUAAUGGAUUUUUGUAGCUUUAAUCAGUGACAAGAAAAAAAUGUAGAUACGCUUUUUUCUAGGAAAUAGUGCCACAGGGAAGAUAAAAAAGCAGAGAACAUGUCUCGCAAAGAUUGUAAAUAUCUUCGAUUGGAUAGUUCUUAAACGACAUUUCACUAGACGAUGCAGAUAAUAGGCUUGUUAAGAGAUUCGAUAUAAAUGUAUCGUAUCUGCCGAUCUACGUUCAUAUGAUUUAUGUGUAAACAGUUAAU